AACAAUCUAAUUCUCUACCAUAUCUUCCAACCGAUGAACCAGGAGAAUAUUUGCAAUUUGAUCAAGCAGUUGAUCCAAUUACUUUGUUGACUCAUACUAGAGUGUUAGAGAGAAGAUUUUCCAUUUUGGGGUGAAACCCCGUUUGCACAGUGUGCUCACAAAUAACAAAAGGUUGAUACAAGUAGAAGUUUCCUUCAAAUGAAUGAUAUGUUGCCUCACCUAAAUCUGGCUUCCAUGUUUAACCAGGGUGAUGGCACUUGCCAGGCAGUUCCUGUCUCAACGGCUGUGUCCAUGAUUGGUUAAGGGAAGUGACCUGAGGUUGAUGGCAGUGCUGCACUCCAACAACCUUGGAUCUCUUCUAUUUCUUCACAAAAUUCCAAAAUGCCACAUAAAUAAACGAUCUUGAAAAAUAAUGCAACAGAUAGGAAUGAAUCCAAUAAUUAAUCCACUGACUACUAUUUUUUC